UCGUUCUCAUAACAAAAGACGGGAUAACGAAAAAUUUUGUUAUACUGACCAAUAUGAUUAGCUUACGGUAACAAAUAAAUUUGUUAUAAUAACAAAUGAAAUUGUGUCGUAAUUAAGAAGCUUAUUUGUUAUGAGUACAAAUGAUAUCAAUAUCAUCGUAUUUCAAAGCAAGCAUUUGUUACUCUAAGUAAUCUUAGCUUGUGGGGACAAAAAUUUUGUCAGUACUACAAAUUCAUUUUGUUAUUUUAACAAAUCACUUUUUUUACUGCAACACAACAGUUUUGCUGCAGUUACAAACCAUUGCUAGGCGCCACAAACGAUUUGCUAGCGUUACAAAAACGUUGUAGUCAUAACGAAUGCUUCGUUAUCCGUAUAUUAAGGCAGAAAUUUGUUACUACAGAAGAUGAGCUGAUAUUUUAUCAAAACGAAAGAACUAAAAUUUGCGAAAAAUACAACUUAAGUGUACAACCAUAUGUUGUUAUCUCUGGGCCGAUCAACAAUUUAGUGUCGUCAUCAGUGCAUAUAAAUAAUACCAAAUACAAUUUUGAUUCCCCUGAAGAAGCCAUUGAUAGCUGUUUUAAAUUUUAUUAUAGCUUAAAUGCAGAGUACACAGCUGAAUGCAGACAAGUUUGGACUUUUCUCGCAAAUUUUAUUUAUGAAUUUAAUGAAAAACAUAGUUAUAGCUCAGUGUAUAAUUUAAUUAGUAAUCUUAAAUGUUAAAUAAAUUGAAGAUCAAACACUAUUGGUUUUGAUAUUUUAUUGGUAGAUAAUUUUUAUCAAUUUUUAAAUAUAACUAAAAAUAAAAAAAAACUGUAACAUAAUGGCAUCUGCAGAUGAGAUCAGGAUUAAAAUUAUCAAAUUUACUUUGGAUUUAUACGGUAACAAUCUUAUUCCGCGUAACGUGGUUCAAAAGGUGAUAGAUUACAUCCAGGAAUUUAUUCGUGAUAUAUUAAUUCCUUCUCUUGACCAACAAAUAUCUUCACUUCUUGAAAAUAAAUGCAAUAUAAACAUUGUAAACGAUGUGAAGGCUACUUUGAAUUACAGUAAAAAGUUAUUUGAGCCGGUUUCAUCGGAGCAUUUAAGAUUUGCAUUAUAUAGAAGAAUGGGAUGCUUUAUAACACCUGAAAAGUUUGUUAUUGGUCAAGCUAACGUCGAAAGAACAUCGGAAGAUGGAUUGGUUUAUGUAAAUAAUGAAGAUGUUUAUGCCAUCCAUAUGCCACUCGCACCGAAACUCACUUUAUUUUUUCAAAUUCCUGGUGUUUUUUCCCAAGUAGUAAAUAAUAUGACCAUGUUGCGAAAAGAAAAAAAAAUUUUAGCAAAUAUAGUUCAAGGUAGUUUAUGGGAAAAUUUAUCUGCGUCACAUGAAAAUAAAUUAUUUCUACCAAUGAAUAUUUUUUAUGAUGAUCUAGAAACGAAAAAUCCAUUGGGAAGUCAUGCUGGUCGAAAUAAAAUUGGUGUAACUUACGCAACGAUUCCAUGUUUGCCAACUCAUAUCGUAUCACGAUUAGAUUCUAUAUUUUUAGCAACUCUUUUUUAUAGUAAUGACCGAAAAAUCUUCACUAAUAAACGGAUAUUUAAAAAAUUACUUGAUGAUAUAAAAUUAUUGCAAACUGAUGGAAUUGAAAUAAUAGUUGAUAAUGUAAAAAGAAAAAUUUACUUCGAGUGUACAUUAAUUUUGGGAGAUAAUUUAGGAUUAAAUGGAGUUCUUGGAUUCGUUGAAUCUUUUUCUGCACAUUAUCCAUGUAGAAUGUGUUGCAUGAAAAAUUCAGUUUUACAAAAAGCGAUUAUUGAAGACAAACAAUUACUGCGUACAGUAGAAAACUACGAGGAAGAUAUUGAAACGAAUGACGUAAGUUUAACUGGAAUUAAAGAAAAGUGCAUUUUCAACCAAGAAAACCAUUUCCACGUUUGUAAAAAUGAAUCUGUUGAUAUAAUGCAUGAUGUGUUUGAAGGUUCCGGUAAUUACUCAAUGUCAAUGAUAUUAUACAGAUUGAUUUUUAUUGACUCACUAUUAACUUAUGAUAUACUAGUUAAUAGAAUGGAAACCUUUCAGUAUGGAUUAUUAGAAACAAGCAACAAACCUCCGGUUAUGAAACUCGAAAAUAUAUCCAACAAAAAUAUGUUAAAAAUGUCAGCGUCUGAAAUGACUUGUUUCAUUCGCUACUUUGGGCUUAUGAUAGGCGAUUUAAUACCAAGAAAUAAUAGUGUUUGGAAGUUAUAUUUAAAAUUGCGUCAAAUCGUUGAUAUUAUUACAGCGCCCAAAUUACUCCGCGAUCACGCGAUUGUAUUAGAUGACCUUGUUAAAGAAUAUAAUACAUUAUACAUCGAAUUUGUUGGGCCAUUAACAAUUAAAUCCCAUAAUAUGACUCAUUAUGGACGUCUGAUGCUUCAAAAUGGUCCUUUGGUGCAUUGUUGGAGUAUGAGAUGUGAGUCUAGAAAUCGAGAAAUAAAAGCAAUUGCGAAUGCUACAUGUUGCACAAAAAAUUUACUAUAUACUAUCGCUGUUAAAGAUCAACUGAAGAUGACAAGUACCAUAAUUUCUUCAGAUUUUUCCAACAACAUCUCUUUCGGCCCUAAGAAACAAGGAGAUUAUUCUGAAAUAAAAAAAACAUACUUUCCAGCUACUGUUGAUUAUGACUUUGAAUGUUAUAAACAUAUCUCUAUAAGUGGUCAAAAGUAUCAAAAAAAUACAGUUGUUUUCGUUGACGUUACUGAUAAUAAUGAUCCGCUGUUUGGAAAAAUAGAUGAAAUUUUUUCUGUGAAUGGCAAAUUAUCAUUCCUAAUGUAUUCAAUGCAAUCAAAAUUCUUUGAUGAGCACUAUCAUGCAUUUUGUGUCUGUAUCAGUUCUGAAUCAAAUAUGAUGAAAGAAAUAAAUACAUUACCCGACGUAGUACCUUGUUUAUUAGUUAAGAAAAAAGAAGAAUACUAUGUGGCGACUAGACAUUUGAUUUAAAUUUAAUUACUGGUCAUUGUAUAAUUAAAUUUCCACUUAAAUGAACACUGAAGGUGAUGAUGGUAUUCAAGCAGAGAAAUAAAUUCAUGAAUCUCAAACUGGUGGGCUAAGUUGAUUAUUUACACCACAAAGAAAUGUAUCCUAUGGUACGGAUAAUGAUAAUGAUGAAGAUGGCAAUCAUGAUACUGAUGAUGACAAACUACUAAAUGUUGAAAAUAAUAAGAUAGUGAA